AUCGACGAAUUGCAACGGUGGCUUAACACCAAAGGAUCGCGUGAAUUGGCAUUGAAUAACGAAUUGACUACAUAUUACCGAGAAAUCACUUUGGGUAUGAGUAAUCGACAACAGGACAUAGUUUCUUCACGUACGGAUCAAGAUUUACGAAGAAGUAGGCGUACUAAAGUAACAUUGGCG